CAUUCUACUCCUAAACCCGAAUUCGAAAAAUUCAUAAACUAUUUUUGGGGUUUUAUCUGUUUAUAUGUUAAACAUUUACUCCGAGAAAGUGCAAUCAAAUCGACCAAGUUGUGUGAUUUACUCCAAAACAAAGAAUGCCCACAAGGUGUUCGACACAAUUCCUUAAUGACCAAAAUGGGUCUCCCUUGUUUUUUCGCAAAGACUCUGUCACGUGGCUCAUACGUGAUAAACCCAUCAUCCUCUUCUAUACCUUAUUUGUUGAUUUUUCCCGCUUCUCCUCUGUUUUCUCUCGCCAAGAACAAAACCUCUCAAGACCAAGAAAACGUAAGAUUCUUCAGAAUUGUUACUGCCUAACACAUGGAGUUUACUUUCAUGGAAGAUGAUAAUGGCGACGAACUCUUCGACCUUGCCAAAGAUUACUUCAAAGAUGGAGAUCACAUCAAGGCCUUGGAGGUACUUGAAGAUUUGUCUUUAGAUCAAGGGAAUGACGAUCCCGUGGAGGGAAUUCAUGUUAAUUACUUUCAAGGUACAAUCUUUAGGGAACUAGCGGGAGAUUCAGAGAACAAUGAUGUGAAAGUUACUUACUUGUUGGCUUCUGUUGAAUGCUAUUCCAGAAAUCUCGGGUUAUCUGCGUUUUCGGCUGGUACAUUGUUCCUUUUGGCUCAACAGAUUGAGUCAGUCUUGUAUUACAAGCAAUCUGUGCGUAAAGCAAAAGAAGGUUUAUAUAAAGCAGUGAGUAUGCAGGAAGGAGAGUCAGUGAACAAGGAAAGGGAAGAACUGAUGAGUAUAAUCGAACAUGCAGAGUUAAGGAUCGCUGAAUCCAAGACUCGUGUUGAUUCUCCUGUAGAAAACUGUGAACAACAAGUUAGGGAGUCAAAGGAAAAUGGGGAGACAAGGAAGAGUGAACCUGAUUUGUUUAAAAGGUUGAGGUCGUAUUGGGCGGGUUUGAAUGUUGAGAUCAAAAGGAACUUUAUGAAAGUAAGCACUGCAGAACUUAGGAGCUAUGUCGAGGGAAUAUAUAGCACAGGAGGACGAGAUGCUUUGGAGCAAGUUCUAACUUCUGCAAAGGAAGACAGAAAAUGGAGAUUUUGGUUUUGUCGAACAUGUUCGGUGAAGUUCUCCAGUCCUGAAGAAUGUAAGAGUCAUUUUGAACAACAACAUGGAGCAGAAUUUAAACCUUCUUCGGCAAAGGAUAUUACUAAGAGGAUAAGUAAAGUCUGGACUCGUAAGAUAUUGGUUGGAGGUUGGGAUCCAGUUGAUGCAGUAGCUGCCAUUCAAUUGAUUAAGAAUCGGCUUGAAGAUGUGAAAGCGUUUGCAUAUGAGAAUGGAUGGUCUAAAGACUGGCCUUUAGCUGCGGAUAAAGAGCGCAGUGAGUUACUCAAGGAAAUCCAGUCGCUCCUUGUGUCGUUUUGUGACCAUAAAAUUCUCUCCUGUAGCGUUCGAGACUGGGUGAUGCAUUUUCUUGUUCAGCAUCUUGAAAACCUUGAAGUUUCCAAACAUAUUCUUACCGAUUGUCGCCUAGUAGAAACACCUCAGAGUAUCUGUUUUUUGGAAUGUGGUGAACUCAAUCAAAUCCUGGAUUUUCUAAAAAACAUCAAGUGUGAAAGAGACGAUGGUACAGAUCUAGUUUGCAGAGCAGUGGACAGUUUCUAUGCUGGUACUCGAGUUAAAGAAAAGAUCGACUUUGACCCUCAGUUUUCAUUUCUGCUCCUGGAUAAGAGACUGCUCCAAUGCAAGAUUGCUCGAUUCGAUGACGAAGGGAUAAUCAAUGUUUUUGAUCACAAUGUUCACUACGCUAAGGCACAUGCUCAGGGAGAUGAUAUCUUAUCCUGGUUAUUCGACAAAUCUUCACAAGAUGAGAGUAUUCCGUUUCCCACACCUAUCAGGGCACACAAUCUUGAUAUUUGGAUAGCUGUUUUGAGAGCAGUUCAGUUCACGUGUAGGACUUUGGGAACCAAAUAUGCAAAGAAAUUGCAAUACCUAGAUUAUGAUGCAGCUCUUACUGGCGCCAAGAACUUGUGUAUUAGCGAAGAUGUGAAGAGAAAGAAUCUUCACAAAGAUCAUUGGAACAGUUAUGCAUCUCUUUUAUGCAAAAGAUGUAAAGAAAGAGAUGCCGGAGAUUCUCUCACUACAAAAGCUUUCUUGUGUGUAGUACGAGAUGUUCUCAAAGGAGCAUCGUAUCCGACAUUGGAUUUCCCCGAUUUAGAAGAUUACUUGACUGUUAUACAUGGGAGUACAAACCUCAGUGAUGAAUUAGUGUUGAAGUCCCUAGACCUUCUGAAAUUUGUGGUCAACUUACUGGUUCCUCUAAUUGAUUCAAAGAUUUUGCUUAUUGAAAAUUCAAGGAUUAAUUUGCUGAACGGUCUCAUCAGACUUUCUGUUUUUGACUACCGCUCUUACAUUGGUCAACCAAUGAAAGAAGUCAUGCUGGAUAGAAUUUUAGAUAUGGAAUCCAAAGUCAAGGCAGCCGCAACAGAAGAAGAUAUUUCACUCGAGAAAGAAGCAGAUAUUUUAUUCGAGAAAGAAGCGGAGGAGGAGAAGAAAUUACAGUCAAAGAAGAAGAAGAAGAAAAAUAAAAGCAACAAGAGAACUUCACCGAGCUUGUCUAGUGCCUUUAAUGAGAAUAAGACUGUUGAACAUGAAUCUUCUGUCAACCUUGAACCGGGUGUUACUUCUCCAUUACUAAAAACGGCGGAAGAAGACUCUAUGGAACCAGAAGAUACUUUUUCAAGUGAAAGUGGUCAAACUUCACUCAACACUAUCAAUCAAGAGGAUGCUACUAAAGAUAUGGAAAACAUGCCUGGAGAAGAUUCAUUCUCAGAACAUUUGGAGUUUGCACACGGAGAAGCUGCAAACAGAUACCGUUCAGCUCUUGACAUGACGCUUAAGGCCCUCUUGAACAUUAAGGCUCUUGAAAAGGAUUUGGUGUAUAAUCGGCAACCAUUUCAUGGCAACUUGGAAGAACAAGUUCCUUAUGCACUGCAAGAUUUCUUUUCUGCUUUUGUGUCGGAACAGAUAACAGAAAAGGGACUGUACAAUUACCUACUGAGAAACAUAUUUGCUUCGUUAGAAGAAAUUCAUUCCAUGUCAAGUGAUGCUGCUGGGGUAGUUGUCGCGAUCCUUGAGUUUUGUCAUUUCUGGAAAAGUCCCGAAAGAGAAAGCUUGGUUACUCGCCUUUUUACGUUGGAGGAAUAUGAAAGAAUGAGUUGUAGAAAAUGCAGAAGGAAGCCAAAUUAUCCAGAGCAAAGUUCGUAUGGAAUUGUCAUGGCUGCAGAUUCAAUCGUAGACCUGAAGUGUGCUUUGGGGAAUAUAAAAUUUGAGGACGUCCUUAAAGUGAUCCGCAUGGAAGGUGAAAUGAUGUGUGAUGUUAAAACAGGAGGCUGUGGAACGACGAACUUUGUUCAUCACACUAUAAGUAGAUGCCCGCCUAUCUUCACAAUUGUGUUGGAAUGGGAGAAGAACGAAACUGAAAAAGAAAUAUCUGAAACAACAAAUGCUUUGCACUGGGAGAUAGAUAUCAGCAUGUUAUACGAAGGCUUAGAACCAAACACUAACUACCGGCUUGUGUCAAUGAAUAUGGAAAUGCAGAUUGGAUGUGUUGAAGAAGGAGAAUUUAUCUGCAUGGCCUAUACAAAAAACCGGUGGGUCAGUCUCAGACAUGAAACUUUAGCAGAAGAGGUUGUUGGUAACUGGAAGAGUGUGGUCAGAUUCUGUGGAGAAAGGAAACUUCGGCCGGAGAUUCUGUUUUAUGAAGCUACUCGAUCCAUGGCCUAACAACUUAACAAGUUGUAUCAAACAGUAUGUUACGUAGCAUUGAUGUAUAAAACAGUGUCAUGCUCCAGUUUAAAAGAAGUUGUGUUCAUUAUGUGAAUAGAAUUGUUGAAAUUACAAAGCAGUGAAGUUGUUAAGUAGAGCUGGAUUGAUCUA